ACGCUAAACAAACGUCCCAGGCUGUCUGAGGAGCGGGACACGACGCUGAGGCGCACGAUCAACCUUCUGCCGCUCAAACCUAAGACCGACUUUUAACUAAAUUUGUCAACACGGAGGUGAGGAGUCUGAGGUCCUUUUGAAACCCAGGCCUGGGAGCCAAUUAUCAAACAAUUCAAACAGAAAAAAAUCUUCAGCCAAAAUGUCUGCUGCCAAGCGAGCUAAGGGGAAGACCACAAAGAAGCGUCCCCAGAGGGCAACCUCCAAUGUGUUUGCCAUGUUCGACCAGUCCCAGAUCCAGGAAUUCAAAGAAGCAUUCAACAUGAUCGACCAGAACCGUGAUGGCUUCAUCGACAAGGAGGACCUGCAUGACAUGCUCGCCUCUCUUGGAAAGAAUCCCUCAGACGAGUACCUGGAAGGCAUGAUGAGUGAGGCUCCAGGGCCGAUUAACUUCACCAUGUUCCUCACCAUGUUUGGAGAACGCCUCAACGGAACGGACCCCGAGGAUGUCAUACGAAACGCCUUCACCUGCUUUGACGAGGAUGGCUCAGGGUUCAUUCAUGAAGACCAUCUUCGUGAACUCCUAACCACCAUGGGUGACCGCUUCACUGACGAGGAGGUUGACGAGCUUUUCCGCGAAGCACCAAUUGACAAGAAGGGGAAUUUCAACUACACAGAAUUCACGCGUAUCCUCAAGCACGGCGCUAAAGACAAAGACGACAUCUAAGACAGGUGCAGGAGCGCUCUGAAACCAGGGCUUACAUGAAUCAUUGUUCAUGUAAUGAUCUGGGCUCAGUUUUGGAUACGAAUAUACCAAAUUAAGUUUCAACAUACUGAUAUAGGAAGAGCUGACCCCAAAUCAGCAUUUUUACCCUGAGAGUUCUCAGUGACAAUAUAGAGGUUGCAUAUCAAUAUAGAGGACCAUAUCAUUCAGUCCACGGCUGAGCCUAAUCCCUGCCUGCAAGCCUUAUCAGUGCAGGCCCAGACUUACAUUUACAUUUCCGGCAUUUAGCUGAUGCUUUUAUCCAAAGCGUCUUACAACUAUGUCUGAAUACAACUUGACACUUAAUCAUGUCUGUGCUAAAUAUAUGCCAAAAGUCAUAAUUUAUCCACCAAGUAACAAGUAAUGCGAGCAAUAAGGUUAAAUAAAAUAUUGCAACUUUUGUUUCCAAAGUA